AUGCCGCCCAAGAAAGCCUCCUCAAGGAAGCCCAAGCCCUCGCCAUCAAACUCCUCUGAGCCCCCAAAGCCCUUCAAGCCCGCCCCUGAAGUCCUCGCGCCAUUCUAUGCCUCCUUAUCGCCAAGCCACGUCUACAUAGCGCACGUCGACUCCAAGCCAGCCGACUUCAAGCGCAAGAUCUUCCUGGUACCCGUGGCCAUCAACGUCGCCAUUGCGUUGCUCUUCGCCUGGCGCGUCUACUAUGUCAGCCCCUGGUAUUUUGCGCUCCUGGCCUCGGGCCUUGGCCACAGCAACGAGACCACCAUUGCCGCCUCCGAGUCUUCCUGGGGCCUCAUCGCCUGGGUCAUAGCCCGCCGCGCACUCACCUUCCUGCUGGACUUCCUGCUCUUCGUCUUCGUCUGGCCCUGGCCCGUCGAGUUUUGCUUCGGCAGGACCCACGGCAGCCCCGCGCAGUGGCGGUGGAACGUCGGCUUCCGCGACAAGGAGAUCUACGUGCGCCGCAGCAGGCCCACGUGGGACGGCAAGGUCCGCGAGGCUAUCAGGGGCGACAACCUCGAGGCGAGGAGCCAGCUCAUGACCAACAUCGGCGUGGCGGCGAACCCGAUGCUGCUGAACGAGAAGACGGGCUACCUGACCAUGAACAACGAGUGGGACCUCGACUGGGCCGCCAUGGUCGACGCCACGAAGCUCGUCGACGACAAGGCCGUGGCGCUGGACACUUUCAAGUUGAUGGUUCUCGUGCACCACGAGGCUCAUGGGUGGCUGUCCCUGGACCUGAAGGUGAGAGAUGAGGCUAUGCCGGACGAUGCGCCGGACGAUGAGCGAAGAUCACAGGUCUUUGCUUUCCGGGAUGCGCUGGCUGCCGCGGGCAAGGAGGAUCUGUUCUACCGCUGGAUCGAGAUAGUCCAGUUUGAGUCUUCACAGCCGGGCGGUUUCGGACCAGAAAAGCAAGUGGAGGUGGCUCAAAAGAUCAGAGACCUAUUUGAAGAACAGGGCAUCGAUUUUGAUGAAUUUUGGAAGGAGAGUGUUGGCUCAGAUGGGCUCGCGAACAUGUAG